AUGACGAGCAGUCACAGUGAGCUGAGCUGUGUGAACAGUGGUUGGGACAAUGAUAUUCCUGUCUGUGAAGCUGAACAUCAAUGUGCUGCCCCACGUGCUGCUGACAAUGUCAUUUAUCCACAUGUGAAGGAAAACUAUUCAGAUGGACAGUUUCAAGAGUUUAAAUGUGAACCUGGUUACACAUCAGAUUCUGGAAGAAUUAAGUGUGACAACGGACAAUGGGAGAAACCAGAUUGCAAACGAGAAAGUGGUAUAUGUAAUGCUCCACCAGAUGUUGAAAAAGGAAUCAUUGUCCCUUCAUCUGAAAACAUCUACAGGGAUGAGGCUAGAGAAACAUAUACAUGUCAUGAGUCUUAUAAAAUGUAUGGCGUAGAUACAAUUACCUGCAAUUCAGGAAAUUGGACUGAUCCCCCGACAUGCAUUGUGCGUGACAUGUGUGAUAAGCCUAAGGGGGAAAAUAUGAAGUUAAUUCCUGAUGCUGAAGAGUACAGAACUGGAUACCCUGUGACGUACACAUGCAAGUACCCAUUCACUGCAAAACCAGGACGGGAAAUAACAUGCCUGAAUGGCAGGUGGAGUGAUGAAGUAGACUGCACAUUAGUUGCAGGUUUUUGUGGUCCACCACCUGUGGAAGAAUUAUCAGAUGUAGUUGGUACCUCAAAGCAAUACUACAGUCAUGGAGAAAAGGUGAAGUUCAAGUGCCAGGCUGGCUACAUUUUGGAUAGCGGUAGUGAGAAGACAUGUUGGGAUGGAAAAUGGUAUCAUCCAAUCAGAUGUAGACUAAGAAGUGGAUGAGAAGAACAUCGCAUUUGCAGAAUCUAAAGAUGUUCAAUGUUAUGUCAAACUGUCUGCAGAGCGGGGAAGAAGAAAAAUUAUAAUUUUAACAUGGAACAGAACUAUGUUGACGCUGUUCAUUUUCCUUGAAUGUCUCUAAUACACCUAUUUAAGGAAUAUAAGAAUUCAAAGAUGCUGCGUAAAACCUAUAGACAGGGAUAGAAUAACAAACACAUUCUGUAUUAAUUCUAGAUUAUAUUGAUGUAACAGAUUCUAUUCUAUUCUUUGUCAUAAAGAGUUUUAAAUCA